GUAGAGGCAGGCGAGUACGGCAAGACGAAGGAAAGGAAGAGACGUGAGGGUGAAAGAAGGAGGGAGGAGAACGAGAGAGAGAAAGAGGUGAACAGAGGGAAAAUAAGAGAGGGCUGCAUUGUGCAGUCUAGCUUUAGCAGGCUGUAGCGUGGAGCGUCGUAGAGCUAGACAGAGAUCUGGUCUGUCCUGGAUUUCCUCGUAACGACACAGCCGUUCGUCCUCCCUGACCAGAGGGAACACUCGGAAUCCUGCUCGCACAAGCAAAGGAGUUACGAGGGGGGCGUGUGGCACCCUGGUGUGUGCGAGCGUAUAGAUGAGCGUGUGUGCAUGAAUGAGUGUGUAUCUCUCGGCGGAGGUUGGAGAAGCAGGGCCAGUAUAUGGAUAGGUGCUCACUGUUACAGCUCAUUCAGGAGCAGCUGGACCCCGAGCAGACUGGUUUUAUUGCGGUGGAGAACUUCACCAGUCUGGCGGAGCAGCAUGAGCUGCAGCUGGACCCCAACAAGCUGGACAUGCUGCUGGCUCUUGUUCAGAGUGACCAGCACGGCCAAGUCUGCUACCACGAGCUCAUCGAACUGCUAAACAGUAAGCGCUCCAGUAGUUUCCGGCGUGCCAUUGCCAAUGGGCGGCGCACACUUCAGCGCGAGAUCCUAUUGGAUGAGACGGGCUUGGGUGUGUACAAGCGAUUUGUACGUUACGUAGCCUAUGAGAUUCUCCCAUGUGAGACAGACAGACGCUGGUACUUCCACCAAAACAGGAUUUGUCCUCCACCUGUCUUUAUGGCCAUCGUCACCAUAGUACAGAUUAUAGUGUUUAUGUGUUAUGGUGUGAGGCUCAACAAGUGGGUUCUGCAGACAUAUCAGCCAGACUUCAUGAAGAGUCCAUUGGUAUAUCAUCCAGGACAUCGAGCCCAGGUCUGGAGAUUCUUCAGCUACAUGUUCAUGCAUGUUGGGUUGGAGCAGCUGGGCUUUAAUGCACUCCUUCAGUUGAUGAUCGGGGUUCCUCUGGAGAUGGUGCAUGGCAUCCUGAGAAUCAGUCUUUUGUAUAUGGCAGGAGUGGUGGCAGGUUCUCUCACAGUCUCCAUCACUGAUAUGCGUGCUCCAGUGGUUGGUGGUUCCGGUGGAGUCUAUGCCCUCUGCUCUGCCCAUCUCGCAAACGUUGUCAUGAACUGGGCAGGGAUGAAGUGUCCGUAUAAACUGCUGCGGAUGAUCCUCGCACUAGUCUGCAUGAGUUCUGAGGUGGGUCGAGCCGUGUGGCUGCGCUUCUCACCACCGUUACCAUCAUCUGGGCCACAGCCAAGCUUCAUGGCCCACCUGUCGGGAGCGGUGGUGGGCAUCAGCAUGGGCCUACUCAUCCUGCGUAGCUAUGAGGAGUCUUUAUAUAAGCAAUGUUCCUGGUGGGUCCUCAUCUUCUCCUUCAUCACCUUCUUGCUCUUUGCCAUUUUCUGGAACAUCUUUGCCUACGAGCUGCUGGGCGUCCAGAUUCCUCCUCCUCCCUGAUGACACGCCCUCAAGCCCUUUUUCAAUCCACCUCAAGCUCGGUUUUCUUCAUCUGGCCUUCUUGCCUUCAAGAACUGGAAUUCUGACUAACACACUUGGUUUUUGUUACAGCUUUUCCAGUUUUGUUCCACCUGCCCAACAGUGGUACAAACAGAGGAGUGGAAGUUGGAAAUAUUUACAGCUACAACUUUUCCAGGACUUUUCCUACGUGUUAUUACUUAUUUACACAAUUCCACUUGACCACUUCUGUGGCAGGAGGGUAAGAUACAAACAAACUUACUGCAACUUUUAUUUGCU